AUGAUUGCUUUUGUAAGUGUCAAAGUGGCGAAGUCCGAGUCGAAGCUUGUGCUAGUGGGCGAGGGUGAGGGUGAUGGGUGCUGCUCCUGCACUGGCAUGAGGAUCGACCUUGGCGGGGUUCUGUUGGAAGCUGCCAAGCUGACUAGAUCCUGGUUCUGCCAGCGGCCUGGCUACGGCUUCUCCCAGAAAGUGGAUGAGGAGGAGUCCGGCGGCGGCGUGGCGCUCCACCCUCCCGACGGGUUCUACACGCACCAGCACUCCAUCCACAGCCACCAUGGCCACACCGCCGAGCCGGACCGCGGGUACAUGGAGGGCAAUAGAUACGUCACCGCGGUCCACCGGCCUUUACCGGCUCUAAACCACUCGAACUCGUCAUGUUCGUCCGCCUCGAACGCGUCGACGGGCGCGGGUCUGUGCGCCGGCGCACAGGAGCCGCCGCCGCCGCUGUACAUCGCCGCGCCGCCGGAGGGAUUCGGGAUGGCCGUUCAUACCAACAGGCGUGGCACAGACGUUUCCAUCAUGGGGACAACGGGGAUGACGCAAAAAGACCCGAGUUUGCCCCAAAAAAGGGGCAAAUUGACUAGAGGCCGUUAUGAGAUGUCCCAAGAUCUCCUGGACAAGCAGGUCGAGAUCCUAGAGAGGCGGUACGGAGGUCUUAGAGCUCGAAGGGCAGCGGUCACCAUCCAAAGGGCGUUUAGACGGCGACAGCUGCUGAAGAAGUUUAGCGCCAUCACGGCGAUGGCAAAAGCUGCUGACUCCACCGCGAGGAGAAUGCAGGACGGGCCUGAUCAUGGCCAGCUAGUCAAUGGUACAGAUAUCUACGGGAAUACACUGCUCCAGAAGAGUCCAGCGGGUGCGGAGAAGAUGUUGGCUCUCACCAGGCCGAUGAGGUCCAUGUCGCUGAGAGAACGGCACGACAUGGAUAUGAGCAACCACCUGCAAUGCGACACCCAGAACGAGGUGGAAGCGAUGGUAGCGAGGGUCCAGCAGUCGGCCCACCAGAUUCACAUGAUCGCGGCCGAUAUGCCGCAUCUACACCGUGGGGACACGGAUAGCGGGGUGUGCAGUUGUUCCGUGAGCGGCUCAGUUACCAACAUAUCGACGUCAUCGUCGCACAAUGAAUCUCUCCAUAAUCAUCAGUUGUUGAAUAAUACAGGUCCAAUAUACGGUAACCUGCUAUCGUCAGGGGGCAAGCCCCUGUCGUCCCCUACCGCGCGUCAGCAACAACAGCUGGCGGCGAUACAGGCUGCCAAUGCCAGGCGGAUGCCGCCAGAAGUGCCAAAGAGGACCAGCAGUAUUACCCUCAAUGCUGAAAGUCCAGUAUCGCUCCGCCGCGCCGAGUGUGGAGGAGCAGUAGUACGAGGAGGAUCGAUGUCCUCGGUCCAGUCCUCGUCAUCGUCAUCUUCGCAGGAGCACCGCCAUCAUUACCACCAGCCGUACCAGCAGAGGGCUCCGGAGCCUCACAUCCACAUCCAAGAGCAGCACUACCAAGGCCACCAGCGCACGGCAUCAGGCUCCGCCUACGAAGGCGUGGCCGCGCCAGUCCCCGCCCCCGGAUUCCCCGUGUGGAAGCGACAGGACGCGCCCCCGUACUACGAGGCGCCACCGCCAGCGGUAUGCUGUCGCCCGCAUGAUAGACACCCGCCCGCCCACCACCAACAGCCCAAGGUCUCCGAAACAGUCCGCAAACGUCAAUACCGCGUGGGGCUCAAUCUCUUCAACAAGAAGCCUGAGCGUGGCGUGGCUUACCUCAUAGCUAGGGGGUUCCUAGAGAACUCCCCUCGGGGAGUCGCCCGCUUUCUCAUCACGCGCAAGGGGUUAAGCAAGCAGAUGAUCGGGGAAUACUUGGGCAACCUGCAGAACCCGUUCAAUAUGGCUGUGCUAGAAUGCUUCGUCAACGAGCUAGAUCUCUCCGGCAUGGCGGUCGACGUGGCUCUUCGAAGAUACCAGGCCCACUUCCGACUGCCUGGUGAAGCUCAGAAGAUCGAGCGGCUGGUGGAAGCCUUUGCCCGCCGCUACUGUAUUUGCAAUACUGACUUUGUGCAGCGGCUGAGGACUCAGGAUACGAUCUUCGUGCUAGCCUUCGCGAUAAUAAUGCUGAACACAGACCUCCACACACCCAACUUGAAGCCCGAAGCACGAAUGUCGCUGGACGACUUCGUACGGAACCUCCGAGGGAUCGAUGACUGUGGGGACAUUGACAGAGACAUGCUGGCUGGAAUAUACGAUAGGGUCAAGUCGAGCGAGUUUAGGCCGGGAAGCGACCAUGUCACGCAGGUGAUGAAAGUGCAAGCUACGAUUGUGGGCAAGAAACCGCACCUGGCGCUUCCGCACCGACGCCUGGUCUGCUACUGCCGUCUAUACGAGAUACCGGAUAUACACAAGAAGGAGCGGCCUGGCGUGCACCAGAGAGAGGUGUUCCUAUUCAACGAUCUGCUGGUGAUAACGAAGAUAUUCAGCAAGAAGAAGUCUUCUGUGACGUACACGUUCCGCCAGUCGUUCCCUCUCUGCGGAAUGCUUGUUAAUUUGUUCUCAGUGCCGCACUAUCCAUUCGGCAUCCGCCUAUCCCGCCGCGUGGACGGCCGUCGCCUAGCAACCUUCAACGCGCGCAACGAACACGACCGCUGCAAGUUCGCCGAGGACCUGCGCGAGAGUAUUGCCGAGAUGGACGAAAUGGAAGCCAUGAGGAUCGAGGGCGAACUCAACAGAGGGAAGGGAAGAGGCACAGGAAACAAUAGGAACGUAAUGGAAAAUCGUGACAGCGGAGUGGCGGACGUUGAGAUCGACCACCAGCAGUGCAUGGACCACGUCCAUGUUCAUGGAGUGGUAGUACCACCACCGCCGUCCGGGCCGGCUCCGGCGGCGCCGUCACGGCUCCCACACAAUCCGCCGCCCACCACCAUCAUCAAACGGAACGUGCUCUCUAACUCGCUCGUGGAUAUCAACGACCCAGUGGCUCUAGCAGCUGAAAGGCUGCAAAGGCGGGGCUCCGUGGGAUCCCUGGACAGCGGCAUGUCGGUGUCGUUCCAGCAAGGCAGCCGCAACGCGCUGCACGCCACGUCACCACGUCAUCCUGGGGAGCAGAGAUCACCUGGACGUCUUUUCGGCGGCAUAUUCCCCAGUCGACAACGCAAGCUGAGCGCGUCUGGUGUCCCGGAUUCGAAGCACGGAGGGGUCGGCAAGAGCACAGAGGUGUAAAUGGAUAAUAAACCAGCACGGUUUCAAUUUGAGGAUUCCAGGAACUCCACAUUUCAGGGCUUGGAACACACCCGCUUUGGAAGAUUGGGUCAGUCAAGUUUUAUGUUUUAUUCUUCGUGAAAAACAUGAUUGUUCUGAAACUGUAGCCCAAAGGUUACAAAACAAAAUAAGAUGGCUAUAGUAUGAUAAGGGUUUUGCAUAAUUGAAUUUGAUUUCCAAAACUUAACCUUACAAUGUUCUUAAAUUGUUUUGAUUUUAAGAAAAAUAAAAUGGAAUAUGCUUAAGGGUUAAGGUGACAGAAUGUCUACAUGCUUCAUUUCAAAAAAUGGGAUUUAUGCCUAAAUCCUUUUGAAUAUAUUUUUACAGUGUAUUAUUAUCUAGAGUGCCAUCUUUGUUUGUGUAUUAUGAUCUUAAUUGUAUGAAACACUACGUAUGUGUUUACGUAAAACUUUAUUUAAUAAUAAAAAUGGAACGAACAUGCAGACUUACGAAUUGUGGUAAGGUAGCGUGAAGAAACAGGAGUUUGACAAUAUUGAGUAUGUACGAGUAUAUUCAGUAGUUUAACAUCACAUUUUAUGGAAAUUUAACACUUUAAAACAAUACAAAUUAGGGUAUAUUUUACAGCACACAUACUCUGUAAAUAUAUCCUAUAGGACAACUGAAAAUGAUGACACUAUUUUUAGUAUAAUUGCAAUUUUCAAGCAUUGACAUUACUAAAUUUUUGACAGAUGGUAACGAAUUCAGUUUCUUGUAUGUGUCAUUAUUUCGGCUGUCAUAACUAAUAUCAAAUACGAUUGUUAUUAAGUGCCAAUAUUUGCUGGUACCGAAUUAAUUUUAACAUUUUCGUAUAUUUCUUGACGUAAAAUCGUAUAAUAUCAGGGUCUAGGGCAUCGCGUAGGUAUGAAAUGUAGGAAUCGAACGAUUCGGGUUUUAUGGGCUUAUACCAAAGUUAGGUAUGAUACACUUUUGAUACUUCUGUACGUCGAAUAAUCAACGAAUAUGAAAAUGUAAAGGUAAUUUUACACUUGAUGUGUUACAGCUUGUAUAGUUUGGGAUAACUGGGGAAGUACUUAACAAUGAUAUUUGACAGGUUAUGUCAUAUUUUGAAUAUUUUCCAAUGACAUAGGAAGUUAUUGUAUUUAUUAAUUUCACUUGGCAAGAAACUUUCAUUAACAGGAUUAGGAUUUAUUCAUCAGAAAAACAUAAUUAUACAUUUUAUGAAUAAAUUAUAGAAUUCAGGUACGUAUCUAGUGAAUUUCGAAUUCUAAACACCUUCGAACGAAAACUGCAACUGUUGUUUUUGAAUAUUAACUAGUUGUUGUUUAAAUUUUGAGCUAUUUUUGACUAGUACGAUAUAUUACUCGGAUUAUACUAAUGUAUCACGAAAUUAGAUGACUAGUCGUGUUCGCGGUAUCGAAAACAGUGGGUCCAUGAUUUUGGAAGUAGGAUUAGGUGGAGAAGAACGGGUUAACAAUGAUUCUGAUCGUUUGUAAAAGAAAUUUUAUUCUAUCUUAGUGGAUAUAGGUCUUAUAUUGCUGAUAUUGCAGUUAAUUUAUGAAUGGAAGCGACUUGAUGUGCACGUCUUUUUAAGAGCGUAUACAGAAUUGAUAUUUUGUCAUUUUGAUGUUGACAGCUAUGAACUACAGUCCAUCACAGAAAAAUAAGAGAGAUUUGAGUUAAAAAUAUUGUGCUUUUAUUUUACACAUUGUCAGAAUCAAAGUUAAAAACCGUGUAGGAAAUGCUGGUUAUUGGGAGAGAAUGUUAUAUUGAUAAGGGUUUUGAAUCAUAAAGUACAGAACACAAUUAAUAAAACUACUACUUGCCGGAUUUAAAAUAAUAAUUGCAUGUUACCAGAAGCCACAAAGUAUUAAUAUUACUUUAUAUUUAAAUGGUUAUUAAAGAUUUUUAACUUAGAUUUCAUGAUAUUUUUUUAGAAUAAUUGUACAUACGUUCAGAAUAGAUUGCAAUAGGAUAUUUAGCAUCACGAUUUUCUACAUGCACAGUCAAGCAAUAAUGUUACAAGAGAGUUGGCAUGUUUUGGCUAAAUUAUUAAUAAUUAUGAUCAAUUACUGGUAAACGUUAAUAAAGGGACUAUAUCCACCUCUUGUUCCCACCGCUGCAACUCCUGUGUAGCCAGGAUCUACAGCUUGACUACCCACUGAAAUUCAAGCAGUGAGGCAAAGUUUGUUCUAGGGGAAAGUUCAGUGAUUGUGUGCUUACCAUGAGUUCACGUUAGGUGUGCUCGCUAGCGAGUAUGUCAAAAAAAUCUAUGAAGAUUUUAUUUCUCGAAAGUAGCCGCUAGGGGCGCUGCAUAAUAUGUCAUACAUUUAAUGAAAUUUUUUUACGCAGUCGCUAACGAGCACACGUAACCGUAAACUCAUGGUAAGCACACUGUUCAGUUCAAGGCGGAUGCCAAAUGACGUAUGAUAAUUGAAAGAAACAUCUUACUAUAGUCUAUCCAAUAUAGCUUGAUUAGAAUGACAGCUGCCAUCAAAAGUAACGACAUAACUUUGUAGUAGCGAUCAAUGAGAGCUAAAUAUUGGCGGACAAGAAAUAAUUCACGUCUGACCUACAAACAAUAUUUUCGACGACAGUGCUUCCAAUAAAAAUGUUAAUUUCGUGUAAAUGCAGCGUUAAAUUACACCAAUAAGUAGUAAUUCGAAAUUAUAAAAAUCAAGCUAGAGUAUUAACGACGUCUCUACAAGGUUAUCUCGAGUUACAAAAAUGUUAGUGUUGGGACAUAUCGACAAAUGUCAUAUUAAAUUAAAACUAAUUUUUUAACAUAUUUAACAAAUUUUUUACUAACUAAUUUUUUAACAUAUUUAAGUCAAGUUAUACGUUUUUCUAAAUGUUCACUAUUAAAAACCAAAAAACAUUUCAUUCUUAAAUAAUCAAACAUCGGAAAUCAAUCACCGGUAAUUUUUUGGGUAUUCAUAGCACCUUUGCUCUAGAAGAGAUGCCCACCGCCCUCUAGCGAGAGGAAAAAACCACUGAAGAACACUGAUGAUAAUGACUACGACUUAGGUUGUACACCCUUGACAUGAAUUUUAAAUUUUACUGUCUUUAAAUUUAAAUCAUAAUUGUCAUUUUUAUGAAUAAAGAUAUGAAGAAAAAUUGGGUGCAUUUUUUAUAUCAUUUUUUCGAAAACUUAUCGAUACAUCUAUGUGAACCGUACGAAACAUACCCAGCACUAGUCACAUUCGUUUGACAGCCGUCAUUCUAAUCAAGCUAUAUUGGAUAGACUAUAAAAUUCAUGCCAGCUCAUUUUGAACAUACUUAAAUGAAUACGUCACAUAUUACAUUUAUCUAAAUAAUAUUUAAAAAAUACGAAUUUAUUCACUAUUGUUGAUGAAUUUUAUUAGCUUUAUAGGCGAUUUGAGGAAAUUUUUAAAAUAGGCUAAUUCCUAACCCAUUUAACGUUUCGAAAUAUACAAAAAAUAUAACGUAUUAGUCUAGUCGUCAGAUUUUGGUGCAUUUCUGUCGAAUGUCCAUGUUUUAAAGUAGGGUAAGGAACUCUUCCAAAAACGUAUCCUAUUAUUUCGUGUUUGACUGUAUCCAGAAGGCUGCUUUUUGACUUGUACAGUCGUGCUUAGAAAUACGUUUACAAAAAUUUUGACAGUUAAAAGUCAUUAAAAAAAUGACAAUGUCAGAAUUUUUGUAAAGGUAUGCAUAAACUCGACUGCGUUAGUUCACUUUGAACGUAAUGUUGAACUGUAUUUACUUUACUAUGUUACCGAUUUUGACACUCCCUGGAUUUACCAAACGUAUACCUAACUAGUGUUAAGUAAACAAUGACUUUUGGCCGGUCUUCUCAUAGAUUUGCAUUUUUAUGAAGUAUAAAUAAUCUUUAACAUGGUGUUCUGAAGUAGUGUUGAAAUGUAAUAAGAUUGUAAUAAAAUUAUGCAUAUGAAAUGUCAAAUUGUUAUUGACAUUUGACACUUCCUUCAUUCAUCGUUGUGAGCGCAACCAUGCAUGCAUCACAUACAUACUUACUUCAUUCAAAAUGAUAUGUAGAAUAUGGAUUUUAUGUUGUGUUUUCAAACUAUAGUAAUUUCAAUAAAACACAAUAAUAUGCUCUACUUUCAUAAGACCGGCCAGUAAUAAAAUGUUGACUAAUUUAAAUGAUAGCCAUUGGUGUAUAUUAUAGGUGUUUCGAUAUACUUUGGUCGUAUGUACGGCUUCAAAUAAAUAAUAAUCAAUGUAUUUUAAAUUUGACAUUGAAGACAUAAAAUUCAAAAUUCAUUAAGGCAAACGAAGAUCCACUUUUAAAACUCGUUUAUAAAUAUUCUCAAAAAUCAAGACGGGAUUAAAGUAUUUAUUUAUCUAUAAUAUAAAUCAAUGGCAGUAGCUAACUACUGUUGACUUUGUACCGAUUACGUAAGCUUGUUGUUUCUACUGUUUGAUACGGGGGUAGAUAGAAAUUAAACUUGUUGAGAUCUCUUCGGCAUGAUCAGCGAUGAGGUUUCGAUCGUCGUGCUUUUGUAUUCCCUUAGUUUUACAUUUGCAGGUUAAUAUUGUCGUAAAAACAAUUCUUUCCCUCAUUUCUCUAUUCCCCUCUAUUAGAAACUAAUUUCUAAAAUAUUUUACGUUUCCCAAAAACAAAAGAUAAUUUUCUCUGUUAUUUCAAUCCUAUAGGAGUUUUUAUGACAAUAUUAAUAAGAUCUAAAACUAGCUAUUCACUAUUAAAAUACAAAAAAAUAAAGCUAUUUUAAUAGCAUUUUAAUUAAGCCUUGGCAAAAUCUUUAGUUUCUUCAAAUUGUGGUGGGUACAUGAAAUUGAAUAAUUAAAUAAAUAAUGGCACAUGGCUUGAAGGAAAAUAUCUAUAUUUAAUUAUUUACCGUUAAUCCGUUAUUAAUUUUAUUUACUAAAAUAUUUGUCAAUUUCAUGUGCUUCCACAAGUUUUCUGUACCUAUUAGAGUUGACUCAUUAAAUUUAACUCAUGAGUUAAUUCUCUAUUAAUUCAAUCCAUUGAAUCUCCAUUUUGUAUACUUCAUACUUGAUAAGUCUCAUCGUUUUUAAUAAUUUGUAUUAAAUGUGCAGUUGACUGUAUAAAUCAUUCAUAAAUAUCUGUCAGUUUGAAUUGAACUGUCAUUAAAAAUGUCAUUGACAUGUUUAUGCAGUCGACUGUACAUUCUUUCGAGUUAACGCUAGUUCUAAAAUAUUGUAAUGCAUGACAAAACUAAAGGAAUUGAUUCUUCGUUGGAUUAUGAACCUUGUGCGUAUUGUAAUAAUGUUGUGUCGAUUGUGUAAUAAUUCUAAACUUGUGACGAUCGGUAGUACUUAUUUCGAAUUUUAUUUUUUCAAUUUUAAUAUGAUAAAGUAUUGAAUUAUAUCUGCAGUCUUAAUUAAAUUUGAAUAUAAUAAUAAAUAAUAAAUUUUCCAUAAUAAUUAUUAACAUUACGAUGCUAAAUUAUAAAAUUUUUGAUUCGAAUUCAAGUACAAAAGUGCCGAUCCAAUUUUAUUUUAAAUGUGAAAUUCUUGUGCGUAUUUCAAGCGGAAUGCGUCUUUCUUUUCUUAGGAAUAUGAUUCAAUAUGAUGUAAUUUUGUGAUAGUGGUGUAUUCCAAUAACUUGUGUACGGAAACAUAUUUUAAUUAUAAUGCAUUAGAAGUUAAAAUUGGCUGAACGGCGAAUAAACAGCAUUGCAAAUAAAUAUAAAAAUUGGAAUACGCCAAUAGUUUUGUGUGAGAUGAUUAUAAUCAUUAAAUUGCUUUUGUAAAUUUCGCUUGAAGCCAAAGAUGUAUAAUUUGUGUUCACACCUUACGAUGGAACUGUCAUUUUGUGUUUUUUGCUAGAUCAGUAAUCCGACACAUUUAUUUUUAAUACACUCGAGAAAUACAUCUGCUGCAGAAACCAUCUAUAAACGACAGAAAUUAUAUUGCAACCAAAGCAAGUGAAAAUUAGGUUCGUGUACAUUUUGAAUACACGACUUUAAUAUGCUAACAUCAGAGAUGGAAUUGUGUAAAGCAAUCGUAAUCAUUAAAAUUUGACUGUUUAUAACGUACGAUAGAGUCAGUUAAACAAAGCAUUUGACACAAAAAUCGUACGUUAUGAACUGUCAAAUGAUAACGAUUGCUUUACACAAUUCCACUUCAGGUCUCUCCAACCAGUCUGGAUAACGCGGGCAGUGUAAACAAUCCUUCACUUGCCUCUGGUAAAUUGAAGGUCAUGUUCCUGCAAUGAAGACUAAAUGAUCUGGUGAGGAUUGAAGACUAUCGCGACAGAAGCGCUACGGAAGCGCUGUAUUGAGUCGCAGAGUGUAAAAAAUCUUUAAAUAGGUAUGUCGGAUUCCUGAUGUCAAAAGUUGAUUCUACAGCACGGUUCAAAAGUCAAAUGCAUGCCUCUAUUUGAAUCGACUUCCACAACUCUCUCCAGAGAAGUUAUGUUAAUUAUUUUUAGUUAUUUUAAGUUGAGGGACUAUUUAGUUUUCUGUAACAUAAACCUUACUAACUUAUUAUACUUUGUGUAUGUAUAUUAAAGAGUACAUUUCUAAUAUAUAUCCUUUAGUUAUAAUUGUUAUAUAAAUUAGUGUUUAAGCAAUAAACGCGUACGCGUCACCUUACAUGUUGUAUAAAAUUAUGAUAAUAUUGUUGAGAGUUGAUACACCUAAGUCACUUACAAUAGUUUUAUUUAAAUAAAAAACAAUGAAAAUGUAUUUAUUUAUUAAAUAUGAAUUAACAUUCAUGAUA